ACAGUUCGGUGAACACACGUCGUACUCUAGUACCAGAAACACAGUUUCACUGACAGUUCCAACACUAGCCGACACACGCGGCCGUCCGAAAACAUCGACUUGCCGCGCUUUCCUCUUUAUAUAACUAUUUAUUAAUACGUCAAACGUAAGCGUGCGUUUAACUACCGCGAUAUAACGUUAUGAAAAUUCAACACGUUCGCGAAAUCUCACGUGGAUACAAUGGGAGCUGUUACUAGUAAUUGAAUUGUGCCAAAAACAAUAGUAUUUACCCUCAAUUUACUAUGAAAUCGUGCUACUGUGUAUAAUAGUGAAUUGAUAUGAUAAAAUAUAAAGGGUGUUGAAAAUCGACACGAUGUAAAUCUCUAUUCUUCAAUGUUUACCUCUUCAGUGUUGUGAAUACAGAAUAAAAUGUUUUAGUUUAGUGUAGAACAAUGUAGUUAUCGGACUAGAGUAGACUAAAAUAGUUUUUGAUCAACCAUGGUUGUGAUAAAUAAACAUAAUGCAUACAAUUCUGUCCCAUCCAAUGCAUGUGGAUAGACUUUAUCAAUAAAAACGGUUGUUACAUCAAAAGUUGUGAGUUAACUAGAACGAAGUUAGUAUAUUUAUACAAUCUGUAUUAUAAAGUUACGUGUACCUUAUUCAGUGUUCAUGUUUUAUUGACACAGACUCUUGAAACUUUUUUCAUUUUUCAUAAGGUUGUGAAUUUUGCAAUAAACGGACUUAAAACUUGCCAACAAUCAAGUGUUCUUUUGGAUUCUCUCUGAAGUGUUAUAAUGGAAUUACCAGGACUUACAUACCCCAAUUGAGGAUCAUCGAAUAUGGUUCAAGAAUCAAGAAUGAUGUGGAAGUAGAAAUCGCAACAUCCAUGCCACGAUGACUGCUAUAAACUCGGUGGCGAGUACGCGGCUGCCGCUGACGCGGUUCUCGCCGCGCGCGGUGGUGAUGUACAGCGCGGCGGUGGGCGGCGAGGGCGCGGUGGCGUUGCAGCUGCGCGAGGCCCCGCCCGACCUGGCCGCAGCACACCACGACCGCCUCGCCAUCUGCCACCAGCCAGAGCUCCUUGCCGAUCUACUCCACGCCGCCACUGAUAUCGAUGGCGAGCACGAGGGUCUGACUGCCCUGCUGGGGUCCGCCUCGCCUGACCUCGCGCUGGCCUCCGACGCUUCUGAUAGUCUGCCUCUGCCCGACCACGAUAAUGAGUGUACAACUUCAUCAUCAUCGAGCGUGGUGGGUGGCAUUGCGACGGUGUCUGUGGCGGUGACAGGACUGGAGGCGCGUCCGCUGUCACGCAAAGUGCGCCCCAAGCCCGCCUCGCCCAACCGACAGGGGCCGCAGCAGUGUCAGGUUUGCAACAAGGUGUUCGGCAACGCAUCAGCCCUAGCCAAGCACAAACUAACUCACAGCGACGAGCGCAAGUACGUCUGCAUUACAUGUGCGAAGGCCUUCAAACGACAAGAUCAUCUUAACGGUCACAUGCUGACGCACCGCAACAAGAAACCGUACGAAUGCAAGGCGGAGGGGUGCGGCAAGUCGUACUGUGACGCGCGCUCGCUGCGCAGGCACACGGAGAACCACCAUCAGCCGCCAACUGACACAGGUGUAAGUAACAACAAUAAUGGGGCAACGGGUAACGGCGAGCGCGACACGAAUUCGCUGCGAAUCGCGUCGCCCUCAUCCCCAUCCCGAAGUAAUCCGCUACAUUCUGACUUAAGCAACGGCUCGGAGAAGAGUGGUACAAGUACGAGCGGUAGCGGGAGCGGAGGCGGCAGCGACAGCAGCCCGCCCGGCACGCCUCCCGCGCCCACCACGCCACCAUCUAAACAUACCAAGAAAUCCAACGGCACCAAACCUAAGAGUUGCACCAAUACGCAGCAGGGAAGCCAAAAAUGCGGGACCGUCGUUACUUCGAGCGGGAGCACGAGCGGGGCGACCAGCGGACCGAGUACGAUACCCCGCCCUAGUGAUACCAAACCAGUCGAAUGUAACCUCUGUCAUCGCAAAUUCAAAAACAUACCCGCCUUAAAUGGUCACAUGCGUUUACACGGUGGAUAUUUUAAAAAAGAUUCUGAUAAUAAGAAAAUGGAUAAAAAAGAAUCCUCUGGACCGCCGCUACAAACAGCUUCAGUAUCAGUGCGAGCACUUAUCGAAGAAAAAAUUAUCAGUCGUCGAGGAGCCAAUGCUCAAUCAACAUCUACAGGUACGGCUACUGACACAGUAUCGUCACGAGCUGGCUUUGUAGCUCCAGCCCCACCGCCCUUGUCAACAAUCCGAUCAUCAGUGGCUUCGACGGCAUCAUCUAUAAUGACCACGCAGUUCGUAUCACCACGAGCACCUUCUGUCGUCACGUUAGCUACAAAUAUCACAUCUAAUAAUCCAGCAAUUAGGGAUUCCACACUAAUUGAACUUCUAAAAAAAGGCAAUUCGAAGGUUGUAAAAAGAUCGACGUCAGAUCCUGGACAAUCUUCACCACAUCAAGAAUACGCCUUUCGACCAGAAUUAUUAGGUGUUUCAUUUAAUUCCGACGAUGGCUAUUAUUCACCAGCAUUGAACGGCGAAGACACUUUUCAAUUUACAACAACACCUGAACAAUUGGAAGAAUUUGCGUCAUUGGAAGACUACGCAACUGUAGCUGCGUCCAUACGAGAACGAUCACCAGUAACUUUCCCGUCCAGUCGUCGACUUGCAGCCGUACUGAACUCGCCACUACCAGAAUCUUUGGCGGACUUUGGCGCUAGUCAUGGUGGCUCGCCUGCGCCCUCGCCCGGUAUCGGUUACGCGGACAGUUCACCAUGCCUUUCAUAUUCAACUAAUGAUUCCCCAGGAACAGCUUAUAAUGUGACAUCACCAAGUGGAAGUUAUUCAAACCAAACUCAACCAUCACCGGGUAUCGCGUAUCCAACUCCUCCAGCAUCCCACGAUGCUUAUUCACCUGCACACACUAUUCCACGCGCUUCAUCACCAUUAUCAGCAGCUUUCUUUACGGCGACAAUGUCUAGUCAAGAAGAGGUGGAAGAAGCGUUAGAAGUAGUAUUACCAGAAGAAUGCAGAUCAUUAGACGCUUAUUCAUUAGAACCAACACCUACUCCACGUCGUAUCAUGCUCAACUCAGAAGAUCCUCUGUUAUCGAGUAGUCCACGUGACUUUUCACAUCAACGGCACUUUCGUCGUCAGCGAUUAACUUCCUUGUCUAUGCCUAUUCAUCAAUGGCAAAACGACUCUUCGUUGCAGGUGUGCGUAGAAGGUCGGGAUCUAGUUCAGGCAGUAUUUUUGAGCCCCAACAGCGUGCCUGCUUCGCCUCAACAACGCAAACGACGCGGCUCGCCGGCCGGGCCAUACAAAACUCGUAUGCGACGCUCCAGCAGUCAUUAUACACCGCAACCUAUAUUGCAACCAGAUAGAAUUAGUUCGGGACUUCUUAUCAACCUGACAAAUGGGUCAUCAACAUCCGACACUAAUGAAAUGGCACAAAUAGAAGAGCCUCCUUUACCCAAAAUCAAUAUUGGAGUUGAUCAUCAAGCGAACAUACCAGAGCUUUGCAAUGAUCGUAUAGACCUACACAGAGCACCUGAACAACUGCUUUGGGAUCCAGGCAUUAACGAUGCUCUUGAUGAUAAUGAAGUUCGCAUGUUCAUGGAGUUAGCGAUGUGCGCAGCGAUGCCAGUCGGUGGACACACCCGGGAAUAUGCUCUACAAAUUCUAGGCGAAUGUGGAGGGGAUAUCAGGGCUGCCACAUUACGCUUAAUGACACGACCAGCGGCCCCUUCGCAACACGAAUCCCGGUGGACCCCUGACGAAGUUGAAGCUUUCCUGGCCGGCCUUGGACAUUAUGAUAAGGACUUUUACAGAAUUUCGCAACUAAUAAAAACAAAAGACUCAAAGCAAUGCGUCCAGUUCUACUAUUUCUGGAAGAAAGUAACGAAAGACUACAAAACUCAUUUUCUACGAGGCUGGAUAAACGAACAGAUGCCCACGACACAAGGUUCAGUAGGGCAGAUAGCGUUACAACGGUCCGCAUCCUGUUCUUCGCCUACAUCGUAUGACGGAGAAGAAUAUCCUUGCAAAAUAUGCGGGAAAGUAUUUAACAAAGUUAAAAGUCGUAGCGCGCACAUGAAGUCGCACCGGCCAUUCGACGCUGAGCCGAAAAGGCCAAAACUCGAAAAACCUUAUGAAAAGGUCGAGAGACCCGACAACAGGGCUCACGCGGGUGCUGAAUACCAAAGCAAACAGCUGUAACAGACUGAUUUAUUCAUUUCCUCAUCUUCUGUGCCCUCACACCAACUACAAAUACGAAAAGAUUUAAUUAAAUAAUCUAAUUACCGAGUUUCAAGUCAUCAUAUCUUAAAACAAAACCAAAAAAAGUCGAUAAUUGUCACUGGUCAUUGAUAUAAUUGAGGAUUUAAAGGCAAAGGCUCCUUUAUCCAUUUGCAGUCUGUCCCUAUCUUAACUGCUAAGACUAAGACGAAAUUAAAGAAACGAAAUAAAUGCCAAAUAUAAGUAUUUGUUUCGUUCACCAGAGCAUAGUUUUGUAAAUAAAUUACGGUAAUUUAAACGUUAUUUCAAAACGAAAAUUAGUAGAGCUGUUAAAAAAUCUACCAGUUCUCGGUUCAAAACAUCUAUCGUUGUCUCGUAGUUGCUAAGCUUGAAGAGCACAUAAAAUAUUUUGUAUAACGAAUGGUAAAUAUGUAGAUACUUUGGUAAGGAUAUCUUUGUAAAGUUUUUAUAUGACAGACUUCUUAAUGUGACUUGGCAAGUGUGAUGUAAAUAAGUAUCGACUGCGUAAAGCGGGCGAGUUCUAUUCGAAAUAAUAUAUUGUUCUAUAUAUUAUAAAUUAUAAGUAUUGCAACUAUAUAACUGAGUGUGAUACUUUACCGUGUAGCAACUACACUACCUCGUUUCUAUUGAAAUAUUGAGUUUAUUACGAGCCCAGCUCACUGUUUGCGUUUGCUUGUUUGCUCAUUGUAUUGUUAUUUAUUUUUUUGUAGUUAUUUUUAAUUUUAUCUUAUCUAGUCUUAUUGGACAAAGAUGCAUAAAAGUGUUCUGUUAAUUAGUCAAUAACACAACGGAUAUUAAAAUGAGCGUCCGUACAUUCACUAGUCACAUAUCGAUAAACAAUUUUAGAAAAAUGUUGACAGUUGAGAGAAAGCUUCUGUGAAUAUGUUUGUGUAGAUAAAUUUUAGUAGACUGUAAAACAAUAUAUAGACAAAUUUUGGCACAAUCUACCGACUUCUAGUAUUAUUUAAAUCGAUAUAAAAAUAAGAUUCUAUCGUCCAUUUGAUUCCAUUACAUUCACAGAAGCUAUAAGAAAAUAGUAAAA